GGACCCUUGCUCGAGCUGGGCACAGGCAGUCAGUUGCUCUCAGCUACGACAUGCAUAACGCAUGAGAGCGAUAUCUCUCUGUCACGACGACGACGCAACGUACGGAGAUCUCUCGGCACCACUAAACCUCAGGUUCGAAACUGUAUCGUGUCCGGGACGCGGUUCUAGUGUGAUCUUGUUCUUAAUGCGUGUUACCGCGGUGUGCCCUCCUUGUGGUAUCAGGUUUCACGGCCCGUUAAGGGUUCGACAAAACCGACCUGUGCCCAGGGACCGAAUGUAGAACGCCGUGUGCCGCCCCCCGGGACGCUGGACACUCUGCCCGCGGACUCUCUCUCCGCUCUUCGACCAUUGAUGAACAUACGUCGGGGAAAAGUGUGGCAUUUUAUUGUUCGUUGGUACGGAUUUACACUCGUCGGACUAUAACGCGUAACGAGGAAAUAUGGACUCUCCGUGUGUAACCUGGAUUGUGCAGUAUAAUCGUUACAAAGUGCGACCCGAUUACGGUAUCGCUCGACGGUGAUUUUAACGCUCGUUUAUCGAUACUCCGAUUGUUUUCAUCGUCCACGGUUGUGCGGUAGAGACCUUAUCCUCUCCGCCGCCCGAAGAUCACGGAUUAAAUACCUGCGACGCCCGGGUGAACGAACCCCAAGGUGCGCGACAACCCCCGAAACGAACCACGAGCCAUCCGUUCAUCCUUCAUCCCCCUUGUCGAACAGUGACAACAUCACGGUCCAAGAGUGAGAGCAGCGGGACCGUGUCGGUCACGCUCGACCGUUGCUAGUGCAGGAGGGUGGAAGAGGGUGACGUCGAGGAAUCGAAGAUAGUCGAAAACGAGGUCCAAGGGCCUCAGGCGAAAGCGGUGAAGAAGGGUGGCAGAGCCUCGCCACCAGGGCCGGUAGGUUGGAGUAGAUGGCUGCUACCACGUACAUGCCUGUUAGUAGUGCAGUGUCAGCUGAGCUGGAUGGUGGUUCCGGAUCCGGGAUCGGGAUGAACAUCGCAGUGGGUGGCUACUCCUCGGGUUCGCCCCGCAGCGCCGCCGACGCCGGGGAGAUGAAGUACAUGCCGGCGCCUCAGCACCACCAUCAUCACCACCAUCACCACCAGGUCUCGUCGUCGCCGACGCCUAACGGAUUAUCGCACCCGGCGAGCCUCAGCUCGGCGAACCCCUGGGUCAGCCUCCAGCCCGGAAGCGAUCCUUGGGCAGCGUCGAUGGGGAUGCACCACACCUCGCACCACUCCCAUCACCAUCCUCACCAGGCGAACGCGAGCCUCGACGUGAAGCCCUUGGCCGCGGCAUCCGCCAACGACUCCGUCCAAGGGAUGCACCAUCGGGGUCCUCACCAGUCGCCGGGGAUGGCAUCGCCGCACUCUUGGCACGCGCCCGUCGUUCCCUCGGCCCACUACAACCCCAGCGGCGGGGCCGCGUCGCCGACUACCCUUCAGCAGUACCAUGCCGCGAUGAACGGCAUGCUGCACCAGCACCCCCAUCAGCACCCGCACCAGCUCCACAAUCAUCAAGCGGGACUUCCGCACCAUCUGCGAGACGCCCACAACCACAGUCCACCCACGGGGCAUCCCCUUCAUCCCGGUCAUCCACUCGACAGGGAUCACAGCGCCGGGGAGGAGGACACGCCGACAUCCGACGACCUCGAGGCCUUCGCCAAACAGUUCAAACAGAGGAGGAUCAAGCUCGGGUUCACCCAGGCCGACGUUGGUCUCGCGCUGGGUACACUUUACGGCAAUGUAUUUUCGCAAACGACGAUAUGCAGGUUCGAGGCGCUGCAGUUGUCCUUCAAGAACAUGUGCAAGCUCAAACCUCUGCUGCAGAAGUGGCUCGAGGAGGCUGAUUCGACGACGGGCUCGCCGACGAGCAUCGACAAGAUCGCUGCUCAAGGUAGAAAGCGGAAAAAGCGGACGUCGAUCGAGGUUUCGGUAAAGGGAGCUCUGGAGCAGCACUUUCACAAACAGCCAAAGCCGUCGGCUCAGGAGAUAACCUCGUUGGCCGACAGUCUUCAGCUGGAGAAGGAAGUUGUCAGGGUGUGGUUCUGCAAUCGACGGCAAAAGGAGAAGCGGAUGACGCCGCCGAACACCCUUGGCGACGGCAUGAUGGAGGGAAUGCCACCCGGGCACCAAGGUCAGGGCGGCAUACACCAGGGCUACCACCCCCAGGAUCAUCUUCACGGAUCACCGAUGGGCCACAGUCACAGUCCCCCGAUGCUCAGCCCUCAGGGCCUUACGGCACAUUCCCUUACGGCCCACUAGCGUUCGCCGGGGCCUUCUCCACUAGGCCUUGCUAUAACCUCACAGGCGAACUCUUCCUCCGAAGGGCUUCCGCCGUUUUAUCAUCACUACCUUCAGGCACGCACGAGUUACUCGACUUCGUAGCUGGUGCAGCAGUCUCGUUACUCUGAGGGGUGUGAAUUAUGGACAAACACAUGAAUCACGGUGAUUUUUAUGAUAAAAUGAAA